AUGACAGGUAUUAUGUGUCCUGAGGAUGAACGGCAGAGUCAACCUCUUGGCUGCAGCUCCUCAGCCAAGCUGGGUCUGACUCUGACUUGUGGGGAUCUGGAUGGCUCUCAUGAAGUCUCAAAGACCAUCUGGACCAGCACUGGACUUAACAUAACCCCUCAAGUUGAAAUCCAUUGUCCAUGUAAUGUUGACGACAACGACAAAGGGUUUGGAUCGUUCGUGAAGAGACUGAUGGAUGCUGAAGGCGCCAUCGUCGUUGCAGCGGCGCAGCUCGUGUCGUUCCAAGACGCUGUGAAGGAUGCAAAAUGGUUUGCAACCAACAGACAGCGUAUGGUUAAGCAGAAAGGAGUCUUGCUACAGAGAAUGGAGGUCUUUCGCAAUGUUAACCAGGUUGUGCGAGAAAGGCUGAACCAGCUUAUGGAUGAGGAGACUGAUCGGAUUGAUGCAAGCACCAAGAUUGAUGCUUUGCUGACUAAGCUUCUGCAAAUGGAACGUGAAAAUGAGCUCCUAAAAGGUGACCUUGGUGUAACAGAAAGACGAGCAGAGGAGCUCAUGUAUCUGCAGCAAAAAGAGCAGGAAAACAUCAAAAGUGCUCUGAACAUAGCAAAGUCUGCAGAGGGCACCCGAGCCCGUAUACAGGGCCAGCUACGCAACAAGGAGGCAGAAAACAAUCGACUGACUGUACAAGUGCGGACUCUAGAUCGAACCGUGACUCAACAAAAGGCCGAGGUAGACGACUUGAAAUCAUUCCUGGCCGCUCUGACGGAGCAGACCUCGCAGGAAAAGGAGGCCCUCAAGAAGGCCUCGAGGGCGCACAAGCAAAAAGCCGAGCGAUUGGAGGCCGCCGUCAACAAGUGCUCCAGCGAGCUAAAGGAAAAGGAGACCCUGCUGUCAACACUACAAGAAAACAAAGAAUCAUGGAAGCUGGAGAAGGAGCAGCUUACUCAGGAAAAUUCCAAACUAAAAGCUCAAGUGGAGUUCCUGCAGAAGCAGUUAACUGUUAUCCUGGUGAAGCGGCAGAAGGAGAUGGAGCGGCAGACGACAACGGUGAAGGAGAGUGAUUGGGAGAAGGAAUGGGAGAGGGAAUGGGAGGAAAAGAUGAAUGAAAGAAAAGAGGACGAGGAGGAGAAAUGGGAGGAAAAGAUGAGAGGAAGAAAGGAGCCAGAGGUGAAGAAACGGGAGGAAAAGAUGAAUGAAAGAAAAGAGGACGAGGAGGAGAAAUGGGAGGAAAAGAUGAGAGGAAGAAAGGAGCCAGAGGUGAAGAAACGGGAGGAAAAGAUGAAUGAAAGAAAAGAGGACGAGGAGGAGAAAUGGGAGGAAAAGAUGAGAGGAAGAAAGGAGCCAGAGGUGAAGAAACGGGAGGAAAAGAAGAAUGAAAGGAAAGAGGAAGUGGAUGAGAAAUGGGAGGAAAAGAUGAAAGAAAGAAAGGAGCAAGAGGUGAAAAAAUGGGAGGAAAAAACGAGUGAAAGGAAGACACAGGAGAUGAAGAAAUGGGAGGAAAAGAUGAAUGAAAGGAAAGAGGAAGAAGAGGAAAAGUGGGAGGAAAAGAUGAAUGAAAGGAAGGAGCCAGAGGUGAAGAAAUGGGAGGAAAAGAUGAAUGAAAGGGAAGAGGUGAAGAAAUGGGAGGAAAAGAUGCGUGAAAGGAAAGAGGAGGAGGAAUGGGAGGAAAAGAUGAAUGAAAGAAAGGAGCCAGAGGUCAAGAAAUGGGAGGAAAAGACAAACGAAAGGAAAGAGGAAGAGGAGGAUAAAUGGGAGGAAAAGAUGCGUGAAAGGAAAGAGGAGGAGGAAUGGGAGGAAAAGACGAAUGAAAGAAAAGAGGAAGAGGAGGAUAAAUGGGAGGAAAAGUUACAUGAAAGAAAGGAGCCAGAGGUGAAGAAACGGGAGGAAAAGAUGAAUGACAGGGAAGAGGAAGAAGAGAAAUGGAAGGAAAAGAAUGAAAGAAAAGAGGAAGAGGAGGAUGAUUGGGAGGAAAAUAUACAUGAAAGAAAGGAGCCAGAGGUGAAGAAACGGGAGGAAAAGAUGAAGCAAAGGAAAGAGGAAGAAGAGAAAUGGAAGGAAAAGAAUGAAAGAAAGGAGCCAGAGGUGAAGAAAUGGGAGGAUAGGAUGAAUGAAAGGAGAGAGGAAGAGGAGAGAUGGAAGGAAAAGAAUGAAAGAAAGGAGCCAGAGGUGAAGAAAUGGGAGAAGAUGAAUGAAAGAAAAGAGGAAGAAGAGAAAUGGAAGGAAAAGAUGAGUGAAAGAAAGGAGCCAGAGGUGAGAAAAUUGGUGAAUGAAAGAAAAGAGGAAGAAGAGGAGAAAUGGAAGGAAAAGAUGAGUGAAAGAAAGGAGCCAGAGGUGAGGAAAUGGGAGGAAAAAAUGAAUGAAAGGAAAGAGGAAGAGGAGGAGAAAUGGAAGGAAAAGAUGAAUGAAAGAAAGGAGCCAGAGGUGAAGAAAUGGGAGGAAAAGAUGAAUGAAAGAAAGGAGCCAGAGGUGAAGAAAUGGGAGAAGAUGAAUGAAAGAAAAGAGGAAGAAGAGGAGAAAUGGAAGGAAAAGAUGAGUGAAAGAAAGGAGCCAGAGGUGAGGAAAUGGGAGGAAAAAAUGAAUGAAAGGAAAGAAGAAGAGCAGGAUAGAUGGGAGGAAAAGAUGAAUGAAAGAAAGGAGCCAGAGGUGAAGAAAUGGGAGGAAAAGAUGAAUGAAAGAAAGGAGCCAGAGGUGAAGAAAUGGGAGAAGAUGAAUGAAAGAAAAGAGGAAGAAGAGGAGAAAUGGAAGGAAAAGAUGAGUGAAAGAAAGGAGCCAGAGGUGAGGAAAUGGGAGGAAAAAAUGAAUGAAAGGAAAGAAGAAGAGCAGGAUCGAUGGGAGGAAAAGAUGAAUGAAAGAAAGGAGCCAGAGGUGAAGAAAUGGGAGGAAAAAAAGUAUGAAAGAAAAGAGGAAGAGGUGAAGAAAUGGGAAGAAAAGAUGCAUGAGAGGACGCAAGAGGAGAAAGAGCAGGACAAGGAGUUUGGAAUGGAGGAAGACCAGAGGAAGGAAGAAGUGACAUUUGGGGAGAGGGACAGGGGCAGAUCUGCGAAGGUGAUGGAAGACACCUCAGAAAGGGUGGAGUGGCAAGACCAGAAGGAGGAGAAGUAUGAGACCAACGCGCGACUCAAUGAUAUGACCAGGCAGCUCGAGAGACUCCGAGUGGAAAAGGAACAGUACAGCGCCAGUAACGCCACGCUCAAGCUGUCCGUUGCCAAGUUGGAAAAGCAGCUUGCUGAAUGCGAGGCGGCCUUGGUCAAACAGAAGAGUUUGUUGAAUGAAAAGGACAGAAUACUUGAACGGCAGCUUGAUGAACAUGAUGCGGCUUUGGUCCACUUUCAGGUUGCAGAGCUUGAAGCGGAGUUGAACAAGGUUAAGCUCCAAUACAAAAAUGUGUCACAGGAGCUUGAUCAAGUGAAACUUGAAGUUGCAAAAGCUGAUACGGUGAGGCAGGAGCUGCAGUCCCGUGUCGAUGAGCUGCAGAAUUUGACCGAAACGUUGAGGGAGUCUGAGGUGCAGCUGCUCGCAUGCCAGAAGAAUCUGCAAACCUCUGAGUCGAAGUGCUCAGAGCAGGCAGAGGCCAUAGAGAAGCUUCAGAAUGAGCUGCAGAGUCAAGAGAAUUUGGUAAGAUCGGCUGGUGAGCUUCAAGCAUCAGCUGAGGAGCAGAAAUCAAAACUGCAAGAGCAAGUGGACACCCUGCAAGAGAAGCUGGACCAGCUGAGUCAAGAGAAGCUGGAGUUAGAACAGAAACUGGAGGCCAAAGAAGAAGCUCUACGCCUCAGCAGCCACCAGCUGGAGCAACACGCGUCUGAAUGCCAAUCGCUCAAUGAUCAACUAGCUAAAUGCUCAGCCGACAUGUUGAAUAUGAAAGAACAGGUGAAAAAUGCCAAUGAGAAAGUUUUGUCCAAAGAAGUGGCCCUUGAGACCAGCGUCAAAGAGCUGAGGGUUCUCCGUCAGACCAGGAUGGCGUCGGAGAAGCAGUUGCAGACACGUGUGAAAGAUUUGCAGUUGAGCCUGGAGAAGUGUGAAAGACACAAGAAGAGUAUUCAGAACUAUGUGGACUUCCUCAGGACCUCAUACAUUAUGAUAUUCGAAGAUCAAAUAUUUUGGUCUUCCACUUGCAUGAAAUGA